AGGUCUAUGGUCCCAAUGCACCCCAAGAGUGUAUAUAUGCCGAUAUGGUUUCUUCCCAAGUUGAGCGUGUGCUAGCUGGCUACAAUUGCACGCUAUUUGCAUAUGGACAGACUGGAACUGGCAAAACUUAUGCGAUGGAAGGGGGCUCGGGAAAGUACGACUCUUAUCAAGAAGAUCCAACAACUGGUAUCAUCCCAAGAGCAGUCGAGCAUAUAUUUGAGGAAUUAGCAAAAUCGAGCACAGGAGAGUACAGUGUUCAAAUUAGCUACCUUGAACUCUAUAACGAAGAACUUUAUGAUCUACUAGCCCCCACAUCGGAUGAUCGAGAACGACUAAGGAUCUAUGAUGAUCCAUCCAAAAAGAUUCUGCUCUGUCCACUUAUGGCUGUCCUCAUUGUGAUAUCGGGCGCUGAAGAAAUUCCUGUAAGAGAUCGCGCCGAAGUCUGCCGUCUCUUGAAGAGAGGAGCAAAGAAACGAACGACUACAGCCACCCCCAUGAACCUAAAUUAUAGCCGAUCUCAUUCAAUAUUCACCGUCAGCGUUGUUACUAGGGAAAACACACCAAGCGGUGAGGAAUUGGUGAUACAGGGAAAAUUGAACCUCGUGGACCUUGCUGGAUCAGAGCACAUAGGCAGAUCGGGCAGUGACGGC